AUGGCAGCAAAAUUGACGCCCCUGAAAGAUCUCAAAGUGCUCAAACAUCAGAUCCCAGCUCAUGGCUUAACACUGAAUACUUCGAUACAAAACAAGCCUCUCAUGAUCUAUCGUUCUGCCUUCAUGUCACCAUCAGCAUUGAGUAUUGAGAGUCAUCUUAGGAGUGUAGGUGUCGUGGAGCCACAGUGGCGUACAUCCCACGAAGUCCUAGGCAUAGCGAACGGCAAAGCUCGACUCUGCUUCGGUCACGAAAACAAUCCGUCCUGUGUCAAGGAGACUGUGGCGAAAGGGGAUGUGAUUGUUGUGCCGGCUGGGGUGGCGCAUCGAUUACUUGAGGAUCUGGAGGGAGGGUUCGAGAUGGUCGGGUGCUACCCCAAAGGAUUCAACUGGGACAUGUGCUAUGGGAAGAAAGGGGAAGAGGGUAAGAUCGAGAAGAUCAAGGAUUUGGGGUGGUUUGGAAGAGAUCCGGUCUAUGGGAGUGAGGGGCCUGCGCUUGAUUUAUGA